AUGAUCCAAAUUCAACAAAACAUCGACCAACUUCACUUCAUUUACCUUCAUAUCCAAGUCACUGGCAUCUCAGAUCCUGCUUCAGACAUGCUUACCAUUCACAAUCUUCCAAACGAGCUGCUCUUGGGAAUUCUCUCAUACCUCGACGAUCAUCUUGAUGUGAGAGACUGUUCACAAACCAGCUCCAUACUUAGAGCCAUUGCCCAUCAUCCCACUCUUGACCACAAGUUGUUCCGCUCAAAGAAUGUCAAACACAAGCUCGACAUCCUGGACAUGGACACCUUUGUUCUUCACCCAAUGAUCAAUCAAACGAUGUUUGCCAAAGACAUGCUACUCCCGGAAGAUCCCUACAUCCUCACCACAGAUUGCGCAGACGAGUUUGACCAAGAGCAUGGUAUCCCAAUUCUCCGUACACGAGCACACAAAAAUAACGCCACCUCGCCCCCUGUUGAUUACCUCAACUUUGACGGCAUCAUCAUCGAGAACAAGAACAACAAUGCCGUCACAGUCGGUCAGAUCUUCAAAGAGCUCAUAUCUCGAAACGUUCAUGAAAGCAAACAUGACGAAGAUUGGGACUGGUAUCAAAUUCACGCAUGUAAUUGGUAUGUCUGCUGGGUCGACUCCGGCAAGGUCGUAGAGCAGCAUAAAGUGAAGCAUCACCAACAAAAAGCAGACACCUACACAUCCAUAUCCCAUUGUUCAGACAUACGCAGAUCGCUACGGACUUAUGUCAGCCCUGUGGAGAAGAAGAGUAGCCACAACGACACCAGUAGCUAA